AUGUCCGCAAUACAAUGGUUGGGGGCUCCUGUUCACAUCGGCUAUGCUUCUUGGCUACAGACCUUCGUCUCUAUCGCUUUGUUGCCCGUCAUACUGUCUACUUCUCUUAAAUCUAUGGUGGAGAAGAGGAAUAUCUACAGGGACACUAUGCAACGUCCAGGUCUUCUGCGACUGAGAGGAGGGCAAGAUCGAUCAUCCCUGUUUGAGCCACACUUCAUGCUUCGAGUUAAAUGUGCAAACAGCAAAUGGGGCGAGACAGUGGGUGUUGUUGGAAAUAGUGCCAGUCUAGGGACAUGGAGCUCCCCCAUGGCGAUGCGAUGUGAUGGCUCGUGGCCCCAAUGGAGAGUGGAGCUGCCCUGCCAUCAAGGAGUGGACGUGAUGGAGUAUAAGUUCGUCAAAAUGAAUGAUCAUGGCCAAAUCAUUGAAUGGGAGCCUGUGGAAAGCAAUAGGCAACUUCUUCUCUUGAGCAAUCUUGAGGGCAAGAGCGUAGACGAUGGAGAGUAUGGAAGAGUCUCUCGGAUGGAAGCAAUAAUACAGGAACAAGUACGAGCGAAGGAGGCUGUUUACGCGGUCGAUGAAGAAACGCAACCGCAUGCCAAUGACAAAGAUGAAAUUUUUUUGAAGAGAGCAAAGAAGAACAAUGACAACCUCAAGGAGCAGGAUGAGGAGGAGGCAGCCAGGAAGAAGGCGAAGGAGGAGGAGGAGGAGGCAGCCAGGAAGAAGGCGAAGGAGGAGGAGGAGGCAGCUAGGAAGAAGGCGAAGGAGGAGGAGGAGGAGGCAGCCAGGAAGAAGGCGAAGGAGGAGGAGGAGGAGGCAGCCAGAAAGAAGGCGAAGGAGGAGGAGGAGGAGGCAGCCAGGAAGAAGGCGAAGGAGGAGGAGGAGGCAGCCAGGAAGAAGGCGAAGGAGGAGGAGGAGGCAGCCAGGAAGAAGGCGAAGGAGGAGGAGGAGGAGGCAGCCAGGAAGAAGGCGAAGGAGGAGGAGGAGGCAGCCAGGAAGAAGGCGAAGGAGGAGGAGGAGGCAGCCAGGAAGAAGGCGAAGGAGGUUUCAGUAGGGGAAGUGUCGUCUGGAGCAUCUUUGGAUGAAUCAGCUAGAAUGUAUAGUUCAAAGCAAGAGAUGUCCUUGGUAACUUCCUUGUCGAUGUGUAUUCAAUUUGCUUCUGAUUAUUUUGGCUUAGUUUCAUGA